UAUUGAAAUUAAAAUAUGGAAAGGUAGAUCGAUUACGUCGAUCGAUAUAAUGAACUCGUGAGAAAUAACAAUUUUUAAAAAUUGAGAACGCAUAUUUCGCAUGCAUCGAUCCAAUAAGUACGCGCGUGUGAAUCGAAAAGUCGAUUAAUCAGUCAUUUAUACAUCGUUGGUAUAACAAUGACUAACUAAAAAAAAAAAAAAAAAAAAAAAAAACAGCAAACAAUGCAUAGGCAUACGUGUAUGAACAUUAACAAUUCCAUAAUUCGUAAAAUAUCGAGCGGGGAUCCCCUUUUUGCGCGAUCAUUCUAUCCCGCGUUUCGGUUCACGGGAUUUUUCUGGAUCGAUAGAGCCGCCACGAAAGAGGAAAGAAGGCGCACAAACAAACGCUUAUGCAUGCUUAUUAAAUAGUUCGGGAUGCUCACGCGAUCCUGCGUGCAAUUCACGGCGCAAAUAAUAAAAAAAAAAAAAAAGUAACUCGAACCGACGAUUAAUCGCGUCUCUGGUGUGCAAAAGGUUCGCGAACCACGCGCCUCUACCUUGCCCCCUUCUUAUUUAUAACGUGUCAAUAGCGUAUCGUGUUACUUCCGGUUGUUAACACCGAUCAAUAGCGUAUAUCUUACGGGAGCCGAGUCCGUGCACGUAACGCUUCGUUUUUAAAUUCAAAACCCUUCUCUUCCCGCUAUACAAUUAUCUCGUUCGAAAUUUUUCCCUCCCCUCCAUUUCGAUAAAUUAGACACGACAUGUUCGUCUUUGCCCGUGAAAAAGAGGGGGGCUUGUGGGGAAAAGCGAAACUGUAUCGGGGGCAGAGGCUGUUUACGAAACGGCUUCAACCGGGCAAACAACCGAUCCCGAUCGCUUCGAGGAUCUCUAAAGCACACUUCCGCCGUUGAUUCUGGCGUCAUUAAGAGGCGAGCCUCAGGCUCCGACCGGCUCGAACUUCGGAAUGCGGCCGGCUCGUUGAAUCGUUCCACCGGAAGUUCUCGCACUCUUUCCUGCUCUCGAGCUUUAAACUCGCGCCGCGCUGCGUUGGCCCGGCGAGGAAAGGGUGGGCAAGGGGAGGGGUGGGGAUGAGUGCGUGUGUGUACGCGAUACUCGGUCGGUAUACCCGCGCGAUUCUGAAAAGGACGGUUGCGUCGUCGGGGCCGCUCGCUUCUCAGGCGAGAGGAUUAAAUUCGAAAACAAGCUUUCUGAACGACGACGGGCGAAGGACGUGGCCUAGUCUUCGACACACGGAAGCAAAAAUCGCGGAUCAACAUGUUUUUAUAUCACCCAACCGGGCUAUUUAUAUUUGCCCCGUUCCAAAUUUUCUGCCCCUUUGCCCACGUCAUCAGAUAUCAUAAUGAAAGUUCACACGAGUUAUAAUAGAGAUGGCUAUUUUCGAACGGCGUGCGGUUCUUUCGAUGCUUCUACCAUAUAUCUAGGACAAUUUCAACAUUUCCUUGUCUAUAUACACACACGUAUAUCGGAUUUCGCUUGACGACGGUCACGGAAGGUUAAAAUGCCUCUCACCCCUUUCUUCUCGAUCUCCGGCGAUCCAAUCGAGAUUACGAAUCACGAUCCAUUCGAUGAGAUUUUUGCGCCUUGGGAUACGCCUUGUCAUCGGGAAAUUUUAGGAAACGAGAUAAUAUUCGAUAAAGGGAAUCUCAUCGAAUGUUAAACGAUAAUUCGAAAGGAUCCCGAAAGAGCGCUUUCACGAGAUAGUUCGAUAAAUCGAGAAAGAUACAGAACGAUUAGCUCCGGUCGUGGCCCGGAUACCUCGUUCGUGGUAUCAUCGUUAUACCUCGAGGUUUUCUGCCUUCGCACGCCGAGAUGCACACGCGUCCUGUGCCAUUAUACAUAUAUAUAUAUAUAUUCCAACAAAACACCAUAGGAGAGCCAGGACGACUCUAGAGCUAGAACGAGAUGGUGGCGGAGAUGGAGGUGGAGGAGAAGACGGAGAAGGACGAGAGAGAGGUGAUAGCGGUGGUGGUGGUGGUGGUGGCGGCGAUGGUGGUGGUGGUGGUGGUGGUGGUGGUAGUGGUGGUGGUGGCGCACACGUACACACACGUAUACACACAAUGGUGGAAGAUGGGAGAUUUUACAAAAAGCGAGGCAGAGCGGCCCCUUUCGUCGCGCGGCCGCGGCGGGGGGGGCGGGGGCGGGGGAGCGGUGCGGGGGCUAGGGAGAGGGCGGACGACCUCGACGAUGAUACGACAAAAAAUCAGAUGCACGGCCAUUGGCUGUUCUCAAUUCGAAUUAUUGGCUUCCCCGGUCGCCGUUCGUCAGAGCCUCCCCGACCUUCUCGAUACUCUUUCUCUCUCUCUUUUUCUCUUUUCCUCCGAUCUCUCCUACCACUUUCCCUCUGCCGCCGCCGCCGCCGCCACCGCCGCCGCCGCCACCGCCACCGCCAUCUCCUCCGUCGAGCCUCCAUCUCCUCUCUCGCCCCCUUCGGGAAUGGGCGCCGGCGAGAAGGGCCGAAAAAACUUCGAAAAAAAAUCCAAUUUCGUUGCCAUGGUGACCGGCGUGCGUUGACUUUGAUAAAGAUCCCCCGAACGAGCCACCUCCGCUUUUCUGCCUCCUCCGCCUCUUUCUCCUGCCUCCGUCUCCUGCUGCGCUCCGUCCUCUUCAUCCUCCGCCACCUCCUCCUCCUCCUCCUUCUCCACCUCCUCUGCCUCGGCCUCUUCCUGGCUCGGGCUACCCUCCGCCUCGCGACGCCGUCUCUUUCGCAGUUUCUCCGAUUGUACGCGCGCUCGUCCUUUUCUUGCUACUUGUAUUUUUAUUAUAUAUAUAUAUAUAUAUGUAUAUGCGCAUACAUAUACAGGCUCUCUUUGUACGUGUGUGCGCGCGCGACGGGGAAUCCACCGGCGGAUUCGUGGACGAGGGGGGUGAGGGGGAUGAAGCCUCACGGGGGCCAGCGCGGUGGCUCGGUUUUGGUUGACCCAUAUCAAAAGGGAGGAGGUGCCUCCGGGACGUUUCGCUCGCCGGACUCGUUGAGUGGUUUGUUUGUUUCGGGCGCAUCGGCUAUCGGGGAAAAAAAUUUUAUUUACGCGCCGGACGGAUGUUACCAACGGUCGAAGACGAGGUGUACCCGUUUCUACCAGCCAAGGAUAAAUGCCGCGAACACGCGAAAGGCCGGCAUCUGUUUCCAGGAGAAAAUUCUUCUUCGACUUUGAUUUCGAAGGGAAGGAAAGGAAAGGAAAGGAAAUUCUAAAUGGAUACGUUUUUUCGAGAUUCGUCCGAUUCUUAUCGUUGAAGAUAAGAA